AUGAAUAGUUUUUCUUUUGGCUCUGUCCCUAGCCACAAGAGCGCGAAUGCCGCGAAAGUUGGUACAUGGAACAAGCCAGUACCUACCGACCGCCUACAAGAUCGCAUAAACAAUGAGCUAUGUGAAUUCAAGACGUUUACCUUUCACUCGGACUAUAAUACUUUUAGCCUCGAGGAACAUAGGCUCGAGGACUAUAAGAACGGCAAGGGCCACAAUGCCACGGAAAUUGCCAAUCAGAAUGCUGGGGCCUGUUUCGCAUCCGACUCGAAGCUUUUGAUCAAAAAGACAUUGGCUGACAGAGGCAGACUUCAAGGGACUGGAGUAGAAAUUCAAGUCGGAGCACAAACACCAUCGUCGAGCUGGGAUGAAACAAAGUCAUUCAAGACAUGGUGUCUUCCCAUAAAUUUGGUCUCACAUUACUCACCUUACCUAAAGGAAAUCUGCUGCUCAAAUCUCCAGGAGUCUCAUAACCGAAUCAGGCUUCAGUACUAUCAACCUGAUACAUUUGGCCUCUUUGUGGAGUGGAUGUACUAUGGAACCUAUGAUUCUGUAUCGCCAGUAUUGAUUUCUAAUGCCGAUGCGAAAUGUUGGGUUCUUGGUAAAAAGCUUCGAUGUGUGGAAUUUCAGAACUACUCAAUGCGCCGCCUUUAUGAACAACAUACAAGACCAAUAUUUGGACGACCUAUGACCUGCGAUGACGUCCAGGAUGUAUGGCGUAACACUUCACCCGGCGCAAAGGUGAGGAAGUUCUAUAUGAACUUUAUCGUGGAACACUUUGGCAGUCCCGCCAAAUUACUCGGUUCUUCCGCAGAUUGGGAUGCACUCCUUCAAAGCCAGUCAGAAAUUCGAAUUCCGCUAUUAGACAAAUUUAGGCAGAGCACAUUUUCACCGCACCAAGUGGGAAGCAUUGAUGAAUAUCUGGAGCCGAACAACUUACCUUUCAACCUAUCUUCACUGCAUAAUAGUGAGCCGAUUCCAUUGGCAACUGUCCCAAAGACGGAGAAAGCACCCAUUUUCAACUUUGAGGCGAAACCUGCGGGAAAAAAAGCCAGUCCUCAGCAGAGAGAUCCUUUCCAGCUGGCUUCAAGGACAAAGAACUAUGAAGGAGCGGCACUUAAAUUUGGAUGGAAAUUUGGAGAAAGUACGGACAACGCUUCAAAUCCCAGAAUUAAAGCCUUUCAGCCAAAGCAAGACUCUCCUUCGGAACUUGAUGCCGAUCCCGUACUGGGACAUCCGAAUCAGUGCAUUACAAGUAUUGGUAAAUCAGAUGACGUGGACAAGUCGUCUAAGCCCGGAGAUGGGAAAGAACUUACGAGAGGAGCAAUUGAAAAUAGCAAGAAAUUGGGACAAGGCGAGGCCAGAACUUAG